GAAAGGCGAAUCAGUUGCUCGUGAAUCUUGUGAGUGUUCAAAGCAAUGCAAAUCGUUUAAAAUUUGGUAUUUUUAUUUAUAUUUAUGAUUCAAUGUUUCCAUGUUUCUUCAUUGUGACCUUCGUGUUGAGUGUUUUUUAAUGACAGUUGAUUAGUGCACUAGAAAAGUUAACCAAAACCUGAAAUAACAUUUUUUUGCAAUAUAAAAACUUUCAAGUGAAUUCAACAAUUUAUUUCAUUUCAUUUUUGCAACAAAAAGCCUUGUGCCGAGUUUGCGCUUUCAAAAAAAGAAAAAGAAAUAUUUAGAAACAAUUUCUUUGACCACCCCCGCACAGCAUCAUGAGUAAAUUUGACGUUUCUGAUUUCGAUUCUCAUGAGUUGAAUGAAGCAAUUGAUGACACGAAUUUUCCCAACUCACGUCACGUAUCUGUAUCGAAUGAGACUAUUAAUAAAAGUGAUAACGACGUACCAAAACGAAACAAAUCGUUGCCUGUAGCUGUUAAGCCAAAUGGUUUUGCUAAAUCAUUUGAUGAUGAAGUUUUCGAUGUGCCUGGGACACCGAAAACGCCACGAUCUAUCCCGACACCAGGGCAUGAAAAGUGCACAUUCCACAACGAUUUAGAGCUUGAUCAUCGUCCAUCAACACGAGAAGAUUUGAUAUCAGACAUGGCCAACUCGUAUCGUUUGUUGUUAUCGAGUUUGGGAGAAAAUCCGAAUCGACAGGGACUUCUCAAGACACCUGAACGUGCUGCUAAAGCGAUGUUGUUCUUCACGAAAGGUUACGAUCAGAAUUUAGAAGACGCUCUUAAUGGAGCAAUUUUCGACGAGGAUCAUGAUGAAAUGGUUGUGGUGAAAGAUAUUGAAAUGUUCAGCAUGUGUGAACAUCACUUGGUGCCGUUUUACGGUAAAGUCUCGAUUGGAUAUCUGCCAUGUAAGAAGAUUUUAGGAUUGAGUAAAUUAGCGAGAAUUGUUGAAAUAUUUUCUCGUCGUUUACAAGUUCAAGAGCGAUUAACGAAGCAGAUAGCUGUCGCUGUAACGCAAGCAGUUCAACCAUCGGGAGUUGCUGUCAUUAUUGAAGGUGUUCAUAUGUGCAUGGUGAUGCGAGGUGUUCAAAAGGUUCAAAGUAAAACUGUAACUAGCACAAUGCUUGGAGUGUUCAGAGAAGAUCCACGUACACGAGAAGAGUUCCUCAACCUCGUUCAUUCGAAAUAA